AUAUCGUAGAAUUCAUUGUCUAUCUCUAGAGUAUUUUUCAGAAAAACAAAAGUUCAUUGGUACAUUAUGCAAAAGUUCACUAUUUAUUUUAUUGUUUUCAUUAUCAUGGAAACAUCAUUGGGCACACAGGGUCGACCAUAUCCAACUGGCGACGAGGAAUCACUAAAACAAGAAGAUUUGACGGAGUCACAAAAGAAUCUGGCUAGUGACGAGGAAUUACUAAAACAAGAAGAUUUGACGGAGCCACAGAGGAAUCUGGUUACAGCCCGGGAUGUACCAAUAGAAGGAGAUUCGAUGGAGUCACAAAAGAACCUAGCUGUCGAGAAAAAGCGUUCUACAGGCUGUAUGUCUUCAAUAAAAAAACAUGCUUGUAAAGUAGCCGGAGGUCUUUUGUGUGCAGUGUGUUUUCAACGAGUCCAUAAAAACCACCCUGAGAUCUAAUAAAAAUACAAAGCAUGAUUAAUUUAAAAAAAUUUUUAUAACAUAGAAAGUAUCCAAUGAGAACAAUCUAAUUUUCAGAAAUAUAUAGUUAAAAAUACAGAUUUUAAAUAAAUAUAAAUGUACAAAAUUAAAUUCUGUACACUAUUACUAAAC